UCACUCACCUAUUAGCGUUUGAUGCAACCGUUCGAUAGGGUACCAGUGGCUCUGACUCUGCACUGACGUUGUACUGAAACUCGUUCCGUGUAGUUGUAUCUAAUCUUAUCUUACCCCCGGCACAUCGAAGCGCCCACGGUAACUGACCGAGCACGGUAUCGGACCGGAUAAGGAAUGUGCCGAAUUUUAGUUCAUCACCAUUAGCUCACCGUGAAAGAUUGAACCGCUUGAGUUGUGUGUGCCGCCCUGUAGUGUCCGAUUCUUGUUCUAUUCUUGCGGUUUGAAUUUUAGUGAACAAAAUGUACAAAUACCUAGCAGUGGUGGCGUUAGUGCUGGCCUACAGUGCCGGAAACGCAUCAGCAUUCUGGUGCUUCACGUGCACCACCUUUAACAGCACGAACUGUCUGGUUCCGGACCAGAAUAUCCUGCUGUCGGAAUGUCCGCCCUCUCCGAACGUGUCUGCCGUGACCUGUUUCACGCGUGUUGUUGGUCAAGAUGUGCAGCGCGGCUGUGCGACUACGCUGACGGCAGAGGAACGUGAUAACUGUGCCCUGGUAAACAAUUGUCAGCUUUGCUCGAACGAAAACGAAACCGCCUGCAACGGCAACCUGUUCCCGCACGGCCGACUGCACUGCCACCAGUGCGAGGGUACCACCAACAGUACCUGCUCGGACGAGAUCCUCACGGAGCCGACGCCCUGUCUGCGCUUCGUCGCGGACGAUCAGUGUGUGGUGCAGGUGCGUGAGAACAGUGUGGUGCGCGGCUGUCUGUCGGAAAACGAACAAUGCCGGAAUAACCGUGACUGUCACGUGUGCUCCGGUAAUGGGUGCAACUUCCGCCAUUUCGAAUACAACGCAGCGGGUAGUGUGAUCGCACAGGUUCAGCUGCUGGUCGGUGCCAUUCUGCUGAGUGCCUUCGUUGCCAAUAAGCUGUAAACCGGUAUGCCGCGUGUAGGUGGGCAAUAGUCUGCGGCAGUGACGGAUCUAUCUAGGAGCCUCGUUGAAAUCCUCUGUUGGUGUUACUCAAAAACGAACCACAGUUAGACGGGGCCUCAACUGCCAUUCCGCUCGGGGCCUCCGAAGACCUUGAACCGCCACUGGGCUGCAGUUGCGUUUCGAAGUAGUUUAUAGCUAAUGAAGACACUAUAAGAAAGCGAAAACUAUUGACAUUGAAAACUAUAACACAUUUCCUCGACAAUGUGAAUAAAGAGAUACGAUAAGAACAAAA